ACUUCCCAGAGCCUUGAGGUCGGGGCGGCGCACUGCAGCAGUCCCGGGAGCCCGAGGUGGCCUUGGGAGCUGGUGCGCACGGGGAUGAGGACGGCCAGGCUCUGGGGACUGCUGUGGACGCUCCUUGUCUCAGAACUGGGAGCAGCACCUGAAGACAACGAAGAAGAGUACGUCCUGGAAGCGGGGCAGAACUUGACCGUGAGAUGCCCUUUCAACAUCUGGAAGUAUGCCAAUAGCCAGAAGGCGUGGCAGAGGCUGGUGCCUGGCCAGGAGCCCCUGACCCUGGUGGUCACAGAGAGACCUUCGGGGAAGCCCAGCACGGUGCGGAUGGGGCGGUACGAAUUGGAAGACGACCCGGAGGAGGCCAUGUUGCACGUCCGGAUGACGCAGCUUCGGGUGGAGGACUCGGGGCUGUAUCGCUGUGUCAUCUACCACCCCCCCAAGGACCCCGUUCUUCUGUUCUAUCCCGUGCGCCUGCUGGUGACCCAGGGUCAAUCAGCUAUGCCUACCUCGAACAAGCAUCCUCCACAGAGCCUGACUCCAAUUCCCAUCUUCACUCCUACCACUCCCAAGGUCUUGAGCACACUGCACAGCAGGCCCAGAACCUUGACCCAACCUCCACCUAGGUCAACUGCUGUUGGCUCCACUCCUGGGUCUGGAGUCCACCUUACAAAUGUGACACAUGUCACCAGGGUCCCUGUGUUCGGCAUUGUCGUCUCCGUGGUCUGUGGACUCCUGAGCAAGAGCCUUGUCUUCACUGUCCUGUUGGCUGUCACCCACAGGUCAUUUUCACCCUAGAGCUGUGAACCCACAAGAAUGACCACUGGGGGUGGACCUCUGGCUGCUUGGGCUGCCCACAUCCCAUAGCAGAGGGCCUGGGUUCCAGUCUCAGUUCUACUUCCAAUCCAGCUUCCUGCUCAUGCACACCCUGGGAGGUGGCAGGUGAAGGCUCAAGAACUUGGGUCCCUGCCACCUGUGUAGGAGACGUGGAUUGGGUUCCUGGGUCUGGGCUCUAGCCUUGCCCAGUUCUAACUGUUGUGGGCGUUU